UCUCCUUCCUUACUGUUGAAAUAUAUUCCGACUAUAUUCUCAGUGUCAGAGCUGUGAAGACAUUCACUUCACCUCGAAUUUGAGACUCCAGAUACGGAGUACUCUCUCACUGUACAACCCAACAACAUGGACAACACAAGCCAAGCCAACGGUUAUCACCUUAGACAAAGCUUUAUCAGUGAGCCUGUCUCUAGUUUUCGUCUUAACAAUACCCGUUCUCGGAACCAUUUCAUCGACGACCGAAACCACUUCGCCCCCGAAGUCGACGGUCGAACACAUGACCGUCAGAACGGGCUACUACGCUCUGCUUUAAGGAACUCCUCCGCGCAGCAUUCUGUCCGAGAACACCCUGCCUCAUUUAACAACCGUACUUCCUUUGUACUUGCCCCUCUCCGCGUCCUAUUUCCCCAACAUUUCACGGGCAUACCCAUUACACAGCUAGACAGCCCCGGCCGGCCCCAGUCCUUCGCUACUUAUCGAAGCCCGACACCCGCCGGUGCAGAAGCUGUCCCUCCACUGAGCGAACUGCUCAGAUCACUUGGUUAUGAAGACGCUCAUGAAAAUCAGCUGAUUGAUCUGCGGCUCUCUCAGACAAGCCAGCCCACAGCGUCUCGCAUGGUCCCUCCCUUGCUACAUAAUGGGGUCCUCACUGCAGCAGCGCAGACGGUGAUGCGACGGGCAGCUGCGGAUCGUUCGCCGAGCGAGUCAGUAGUGCAUACAGCUUCUCGCGUUGUACAUGAUCCGCGAGACGUUUCUUAUACACGGGAAUCAGAGAGAUUUUACUGCUCUGGGUGUAGGGAAUGGCGAGGCCAUAGAUCUGGAAGACGAUGGGCAUAUUGUAAUUACUGCGAUAGGACUUGGGUUGUGAAUUAAUAACUCAAAGGAACCAACUCAACAUUCCAGUUAGGGUGCCAAACCAGAUCGGACUUAUGGAGGUUGAACGGGGCCAUUUUUGUCAGUUGCUGUCUCGGUCAAGGUUAAGGUCCGGUAUGGCUUUGGGCUAGGAAGGAAUCUUCACACCCACUCAAAGUAUCCAGUCCAAUCAUAAUAUCAAGCACUCUUCCUCCCUAUCCCUCCUCAUCUAUAACAGAUAGUGAUGUUAAAGCAU